AUGGGGAUUCGUUCCUCCUUGACGGACCGGAAGGGGUCGGCGACAGACAGUCCUCCUGUCGAGAACGUCAUCCGUGAGGGAAACCUGGACUUCACAGAAGAGCGAGGCGGUAAUAAUUCUGGCCCGUCGUACCAAGGCAUGCUGCAUCUCUCUCCGCAUUUUGAGGCAUGCGGCGCGCCUGUCGAAGCCGAAUCCCCCCUCGGAUACGAAGUCUCGUGGUGCACCGUCAUCCUGCUCAAUGUCGGGCAGAUGGUCGGCACCGGCGUCUUCUCCACACCCGGCUCUAUCUUGAGAGGAAUUGGAUCCGUCGGCCUGAGUCUGGUCUACUGGGCCAUCGGUGUUCUCAUCGCCAUGUCGGGAUUGUGCGUGUAUCUCGAACUCGCUUCCUACUUCCCCAACCGAUCAGGAGGUGAGGUGGUCUACCUCGAGCAAGGAUGGCCGCGACCCAAGUACUUCCUCCCGACAGCCUUUGCGGCGUUCAAGGUGAUCUUCGCCUUCAGCAGCAGUAAUGCGAUUGUUCUCUCCACGUAUGCUUUCCGUGCUGCAGGAAAGGAGCCUUCGGAGUGGCAGUCCAAGGCUGUGGCCGUUGCGGGAUAUACGGCUGCUACCUUGAUCGUCACAUUUUCGAACAAGUAUUCGCUUUGGUUCGCGAACGGGAUCACCUGUGUCAAGCUCUGCACCUUGCUCUUCAUCGGCGUCACCGGCUUAGUGGUUCUCGCAGGCGGUGUCAGCUCCGUGCCCGACCCUGGGUUCAACUUCCGCAACGCGUUCGCGGGAACUACCAGCGAGGCCUACGGAAUCACCAACGCUCUGGUACGGAUCAACUUCGCGUACGUAGGAUGGGAGAACUGCUUCAACGUCGUCGCCGAGAUCAAGAACCCGAUCAAGACUGUGAAACGGGCUGGUCCGAUCUCGCUCUGCUUGGUCGCAGUGCUCUACAUGCUGUGCAACAUCGCGUACUUCGCAGCGAUCCCCAAGCAAGAAAUCAUUGAAGGGAACACGAUUGCUGCCAGUCUGUUCUUCUCCAAGGUCUUCGGUAGCGGAUCCGCCGCCCGCAGCUUCAACAUCCUCAUCCUCUUGAGCGCCUUUGGAAAUCUCGUAGGUGGAAAGAUUCAGUUGCGGCCCACAUCCCUCCUCGUCGCCUCCACAGAUCAAUUGAGACGGGUCGCUGACUUGGACUUCCUGCUUCUAGGUGACUACACUCAUCGGCCAGGGUCGGAUGAUCCACAGGGUGUUCUUCCUUUCCCUCGAUUCUGGGCAUCUACUCAGCCGUUCGGCACGCCACUGGGCCCCUACUCCCUCAAGUAUGUAGCGACGAUCAUCAUGAUCCUCGGCCCUCCAUUCGGAGAUGCCUUCAACUUUGCCGUCGAUCUCGCAUCGUACCCCAACGCCGUCUUCGGCUUCUUCAUGGGUCUGGGGGUCUACACGAUCCGCCGCCAGCGCAAGAAGAUCAACGUCGGGCGGACCGAUUUCCGCGCCUGGGACGCCGUCGUCCUCUUCUACAUCGCCGUGCAGGUGUUCCUCCUCGCCAUGCCGUGGGUGCCGCCCGCCGACGGCGUCAACGGCGGCAACGUCUCCUUCUUCUACGCCAGCGCCAUCCUGACCGGAAUCGGCCUGCUGGGCGUCUGUGCGCUGUACUACUACCUCUGGAUCCAAGUCCUCCCCAAGCGCCGCGGCUACGAGAUCCGACAAGAGCUCAUCGUGCUCGAGACGGGCGAGGCGACGAACAACCUGGUCAACGUGCCCAUCUCCCAGCUGGCCGAGUGGGACCGCACCCACGACGUGGCGGGCAAGAGGUACCCGACCAUCACCGGCGUGCAGCUGAAAGGGGAGGAGAACUCCGAGGCCUACCAGAGGCAUGUCAAGGAGCAGGUCGUCGAGGCGAAGGUAUAG